CCUUGGAAAGUAAACGCGGAACAAUUUGUCUAAAUUAUAGCCCGGACCAAAACCUAAGGCAAUAUUUUUGUACUAAAAUUUUCUAAUUAAGUUCAAAAUUAUUCUUAACCAAAGCUAAAGUGACAGAGCUACAACUACUGUUGACGUUUACACUGCUUUUUAAAUGCCUGCCACUUUAUUGCAACGCAAUCCAGGAGUUCCUUUUGAUUCAUCUUGGUUUUCAGAUGUUAAAAUUAAUUUCCCUAGUGUAAAAACUAGGGCAGAAACUUUAGGAAAGCUUAGAUCGAUUAAAAAAGAUUAUCAAGCUGCGUGGCUUUUAAGAGCUGUAUCCUGCUUAGAUUUGACAACGUUGGCUGGAGACGACUCAGCUUCAAAUGUUCGCAGACUUUGUUUCAAAUCAAAAAAUCCUAUACGUUACGAUAUAAUAGAUAAGUUAGGAGUUAAAGAUUUAAAUAUCACUUGCGGUGCUGUAUGUGUAUAUCCAUCAAGGGUUUUAGAUGCAAAGAAAGCUUUAAAUGAUGCCAAUGCAUCAGAUAUACCUAUUGCAUCUGUUGCUUCUGGCUUUCCUGCAGGUCAAACCCCAAUGCAUAUUCGUCUAUUGGAAAUAAAAGAUGCUGUUGCCAAUGGAGCAAAAGAAAUAGAUAUUGUUCUAUCAAGAACACAUGUUAUGAAAGGAGAUUGGUUAGAGGUUUACAAUGAAGUUAAGGCUUCAAGAGAUGCUUGUGGGGAUGCUCAUCUUAAGACUAUUUUAGCCACAGGAGAAUGUGGAUCUUUAGAAAAUGUAUAUAAGGCCAGCAUGGUAUCUAUGAUGGCUGGUUCAGAUUUUAUCAAAACGUCAACUGGUAAAGAAGGGGUAAAUGCAAUACUCCCAGUAGCCUUAGUUAUGGUGCGUUGUAUACGAGAGUAUCAUGAGCGUACUGGUUUUAAAGUUGGUUUUAAACCAGCUGGUGGAAUUCGUUCUGCUAAAGAUGCACUUGUUUGGCUAUCUUUAAUGAAAGAAGAACUAGGCAAUGAAUGGACACAACCGACCCUUUUUCGAAUUGGAGCAAGUGCAUUACUGAUUGAUAUUGAACGUCAACUGUAUCAUCAUGUAUAUGGAAGAUAUGCAGCUGGUCAUGAGUUUGCCAUCUCUUAAUAAAUGUUUUUUUUUGAUGAAGGCGAUGGAUCGUAAUUGUUUUUCUGUAUAAUAAAAUUACAUUUUAAUAAGUAAAGUA